AUGUUCACCACAAACCCAACCGCCGCUGAAUCGGCUGCUGCGGCGCGAAGGAGGACGAGGCCAAUCUCGAGGCCAGAUUCAAGAAACACACAGAAUAGCGAAAGACCUACCAGCAACGUGUCAAUGAACAGGAGCAUCAGAGAGGGCAGCAUAAUAUCUCAGCGGGGAGAUACCUCUUUCGGAAAGGCAAUGACGCUGAAUGCAAUGAGGGGAGAGACUGGCGGGAAAGAUUCGGACGGUGGUGUUGUCAUUUGGACAAAAAACGAGAAAUACAGUGUCUCCAAACUACCAGCUCUGCCAUCAAUCCUAAAAACAUGCACAGUAAACGACUCCCCCAUAACAGCCACCACCGACUCAACCAACGGCCAUGCUCUCCUCCUUUCCCACACUGACGCUUAUGUCUGGCAAUACACUACGACCCAUACAAUCCCGCACACGCUAUCGUUCCCUCUCCCGCGCGAUGAGUCGCCCUCCCCUCACAACCCCUUCCCCCUCGGCGCCCUUGUAUCCCCCUCCGCAAACAGUACCGAGCCCGGUCUUGUUGUCGUCAUGCCCAUGUCCGGCCGAAUUGCCUACUGGGACAGCGUCGGUUCCGCUGUCGCCGAAGGCCUCUUCACCAAGAAACGUGGCGUCGAAGGAAAGGUCUCCCUCGUCUCCGGGGAAAGCGUAACAGUUAUCUGUAAUGCCGAGCCGGCGGGCUUUCUUCUAUCGCUCAGCUCUGGCCGCCUCGCCCAUCUGGCGCUCAGAGACCUGGCGGGCCGCCCCGGCAUCUCAGUGACCAUCAUGAGGGGCUACGGCACCGGAAUGAUGAGUGGUUUCCUCGGGGCCUUGCGCGCCGGCUCAAGCAGACGUGACAUCGUCGCUGUGCGCGCUGGGAAGGUCCUCCGGAUGGGAGAACGGGAGAUUGUAGUUGCCACUGCUCGCGGUAACUUCUCUAGAUGGCAGGUCAACCGCAGCGGCACCUACGCCAACAUCGCAGACGUAGACCUACGGGAUGAAAUGAUUACCGCAAUCCAGAGUAAUGUUACGGCGGAUGAGUUCGGCAGCCGUAGCAGGGACCAGUUCGUAGCUAUUGACACGGCGGUGUUGGAGGAGCCAACCCUGCAGACGGGCGCUGAGGAUAUACAGAUGCUUGUUUUGGCGAGCUUUAUGCCGAGUGUGUCGAUUCCCAGCGCAAUGUAUGCGCUGGUUUCGAUCACAUUCUAUGCGUCAGGGAAGACCUCGGUCGACCAUGUCCAUGUCGUGAAGACAUAUACGACGCCGCUAGAGGAGGGCCGCACACGGCCGAGAUUGUAUUUGCCGAAACCGUGUAAAACCGCUUUUUUGGUCUUUUCAAGGGCUGUGGUUCUAGUGUCCAAUUACAAACCAGGGGCGCAGCAGCAGAAUGAGGAUGACUCCAUGAUGGAGGAAAGCUCAGACUACCAGGGAGAGGCAUUCGAGGAUGUGGUGGACUUUAGGGGAAACUUGAAUGUCGAGACGGUGGGUAGUGGCAUGGAGGAUGUCAUGUAUGAUGCUAUCCCGCGAAUGGAUAUGAAUGGGAGCUAUAUGCAGGACAGCUUCUUGAGCAUGAGUGGGCUCCUUACCACGGGGAAGAAAGUCCGGAAUCCUGGUAUUAUGCUGAUUGCCAAGGGCGCCGGCGUUGUGCGUAUUGAGACAUUUGAUCUCGAGCCGGUCAAGAAGGUAUUGAAGGAGCCUGUCAGGGUCAAAAGCAAGAUCGAGCAAGCUGUAUUCUAUGGCGUCAAGGAAGACAAUCCUCUCAACUUCCAGGGCCGCAAGGAAGUGAGCUACCCCAUCGAAGAGGUCGAGGCGGCCGCGCUGGAGAUCAGCGCCGAGAUCCUUUCCUCGACAUCCGAGUACCUUCCUGUACUCCUCCCCUCUCUUGAGAACCACCUCUUACUGCGUGCGACCCACCUUCGUGCCCUCGCUGAGCACCUCCGUGCCACAUUCUCCCCACUAUCCCGCGAAACCAUGUGGCGCCUCCUCUGCGAUGCCGAGAAAUGUGAAGCCGCGCGUGCAGUCUGGGCUGCAAGGGAUGCACGCUUGCGACAAAACCCAGACGCAGGUGAAGGCGUCCUCGAGGCCGUCCUAGCAGCUAUGAGUGAAACUGAUCCUGACGAUGCCGCCGGGCACGAUCCAACCCGAACGUGGUUCCAGCGCCACGUGGAAAGCAUCAAUCAGCUCCUGAGAUAUGCGAAGGAUAUAAUCAUUGAUGACAGUAAGAAGGGCCGUAUGGACCAGCUCGUUUUCGGGAAGCGGGAUUCCGAAGCGAAUGACAUCGUCCUGGGUGCACUGAUUUCUGCGUGGAAGUUUCGGGUGCACUCUGCAAAACUGUAUGGUAUGGAGGGUCUCGUUGAUGCGAACGGGAUCUUGAAACAGAUCAAGGAACUCACGCCGCCAUGGACUAGCGACCCGAAUAUCCUGCAGGCGUUGAGCGUACAGUACGAAGUGUCGAGUGGAAUAAUAAAGACACUCUGGAAUGAAAGACGGAACGCAGACGAGGAGUACGCAGAAAUCGCUGAGCGACUAGCGGGACAGUUGGUGGGGCUAGCAGAGGUUUGCUGCCGCGGUUUCGAGGAACGUAUGGCAUGGUGCGAACAGCAGACUCAGGCCGGCGCCGAAAAUUACAUCAAGGAGGGAAAUACAAUCAGGGAGCGCUACUUCGACGCUAGAGGGAGAUGGAUCAAGCCCCUGGUAGAUUUCGGCCGCCCGGAGAAGGCGUACAAGUUGGCCGAAAAGUGGCAGGAUUAUCGCACCCUCGUGGAGCUCUGUUCGGAGGAGCUCGUGGAAAACGAUGCCGCCAUGGCGGAGCUUGCAAAGGCUCCUACCGCCACUACAGAGAACAAAGCUACGUCGCAUGACCUCCAGAAGAGCAAGCAGCAGACUCUAAAUAGACUUGAGAGGUAUUUUGAGGAAUUUGGCUCGCAUUUUGCGCGGGAGAUGUAUGAAUACCUUGUUGAGAAGGAACAGUUGCAGACACUCAUGGACGGCUUCGAGGCUUGGCGUGAGAGCUAUCUUACCGAUUUCCUCAGGAGUGAUAGGAAGUAUGCCAAGCUGGAGUGGAUCCAUGAUGUCUCAAUGGGUGAGUAUGGUCUUGCCGCUGAUACUCUAAAUUCAGUUGCGACGCAUCAAGAGGAAGAUCUGUGGAACAAGAAGGUUGAGCUUUCUAUUGGAAAGUUGGCCAAACUUGCUGCUAUCAGCCAAGAGGGCGUAAACAGUAGUAAUGCUGCAGACGAGAUCAGAUAUAUCGACGCGGAUCUGGAGCUCGUAGCUAUCCAAGAAAAGAUAUAUGCGAGUGUGAAACAUCUUAAAGACCAGAUCGACACAGAAAAGGCAGUUCAGGAGGGACUAGAAAUAUAUGCCCCAACCCUAGCAAAAAAACGACCAGGGUGCCGAGAAUUAUGGAAGAGGGCCUUUGGGCGAGCAGUUGAGGGCAAGGUUAUUGGAGUAGAGGAGAUCGGUGAUCUGUUGACACUGGUGGAUGAUUCCGGUGAUUCUGGGCUUGUUGGGCCAGGGAGCGCCGGGGAGGAGUUUUACUGGGCUUUGAAGGUUCUCUCUAUAGUUGGUGGUUUGAGCCACGAACGUAGAAAGCUUGCGGAGAGGACAAUCUGGAGGAGGUGCUACUUGAGGGACGACUGGGCGACAAUCGUAAGCACAAAAGGGAGGAGCGAUAGUCAAGUUGAAAGUGCGACUUACGACACAGCACUAUUUACUACUAUUAAGUUGGGAUAUGAGAAAGGUCUCUUCAACGAGCGAUCUCCCUUCCAACCCCUAGAUCCUGCACAAACAUACUGUGAUCUUGAGAAUCCACUCAACGAGCUAAAGAUCCGCUUCACCCAUGCCGAUGAAUCAGAGCUCGGAACUCUUGCCCACGAAUAUAUCGCGGAGACCAAACAACUCGAGAAAUUUGUCAACUACGCUCAACUGGGGACAUGGUUCCUCGGUGUGUGUGAUAGCGCCAAGCGGGCUGCGAUGGAAGAUGUUAGAAAUCCAGAGAGCAGCCUGGAUGAGGACACCUACGAGAUUGAGGAAAGUUAUGUUGAGGAAAGCUACGUCGAAGAAAGCUAUAUGGAAGAUGGUGCCCCCGGUGAGGAAAGUUAUGUCCAGGAUAGUUAUGUUGAGGCGAGUUAUAAUGAGGGGGACACGGAAAUGGAGGGGUAG